GACAUUUCUUCCACGGAACUUGGAAAAUCAAUCUUGAUCGUUCGUCUCCGCAUCCUAGUCUAUUUUUUUUUCGAGCUUUCAAUGGCAAUGCUCUUUGGCGUAGGGCGUGCGGUGCUACAACAGCAGUGGGUAGGUUGGUAACUUUUUAUCUCUGAUCAUGAAUAUUGCAGGAUAUCCCGCCUACAUAUUGAAUGAUGACUUUCGUUUUGAUUUCUCGCUUUAAGAUACCAUCCCCCCUAUAAAGCAAGCAUUCGCUCAAGGGUCAGCCGACCCUGCUUCUUUUUUGUUUUUGUCAGGUUGAAAAGUGGCAGCUGGCUCUCGUCCAAGGCUCGGCGGUUCUUUCCUCCUACACUUGCACGAAUGCACAUUCUUUUAUAUUUAAUGGUUCAAGUUGGGUUGCUUGUUCUGACAAUCCUGCCGAUGGCAUCCUGCAUGAACGCCUUUGCGCUCUCCCCAGGCUUUGACAUCGUUUCGGUUACAGCGCUGGCAGAGUCGCUCCCUUCGCAUUCCUGGGAAUUCGGCACGGCCUCGGAAGCGCUCCUCGAGCUCUACAACCCAGAGAUAUCGGUCUAUGGCGUAUCCCCAUUACCCGCGCAGACGUACGAGCCUUCGUCUAUCAAGGCUCUCUCGUAUGCGAAAGACAAAAUUGUGCUGGGCCCAGGCGCUAACGGACUAAGCGAUGGGGACGGCGCAGUUGGCGACCCCGCGAGCUUGGGUGUGUUCGCUUGGCUGAUUGGUAAGACUGAUGCGGCUUAUGCGGAUGGCGCUCGGGAAGAGAUGGAGUAUAUACUCGAGCAGGCGCCGAGGUGGGAGAAUGGCGCCAUUAGCCAAAGAGUGGACGUCCCUGAGCUGUGGGCUGACUUCAUAUACAUGGCGCCUCCUUUCAUUGCGUACUACGCUGCUGAUACAGGGAACGUAUCGCUUCUCCAUGAAUCAUAUAAGCAAUGUAGGUAUUAUCGCGAAGUACUGCAAGCUGCCAAUAUUUCCGGCGAGCCUUACGAUGGCGUGUGGAUGCACAUCAUCGGUCCGCAGAACCAGGACGUCGGGCUGUGGAGCACCGGGAAUGGUUGGGCAGCUGGCGGGAUGGCCCGCGUCCUGGCGACGAUCAUGAAAGCGCCCAUCUCGCGGGAUGCUGCGUGGCGCGGGGAAGCCAUAGACGACCUGACGGCAUGGAUCAGGGAAAUCGUCGACGGCGUUGUUGGAUCCCCCCCUACCAUGGAGGGACUGGCGCGGAACUACCUGGACGACGUGUGGGGAGACGGCCAUGGGUUCGGGGAGAUCAGCGGGACGUCGUUGAUCGCUUCUGUUAUCUAUCGGAUGGCUGUGCUGCGUCCGCGUGUGUUUGGUUGGGAAUAUAUUGAGUGGGCUGAUGGGGUGCGUGCGACGCUGGGGGGGGAUGAUAGCGAGGGGAACCCACAUGUGACGGGUAAUGGGACGGUCACGCCGGCUGUUAAUCCGCUGGGGUGGCUGGACACGGUGCCGUGGACGGCUGGGAGCCCGGAGGGACAGUGUUUUGUAGUGCUUAUGUAUGCGGCUUGGAGGGAUUGUGUGUCUGAUGGGGAAUGUCAGGGGUCGUGAUGGGAAGCGUUGGGCUGGGGAAGAUUAGUUGCAUGUGACUGGAUGAGCUUUGGUCGUCCAUGUGGGUUGUGGGUUGUGCACGUUGUUAUUUCUUCUGCCCUUUGGUGGGUGACUGUAGCUUUGGGGCAUGUCUAUAUUUAUU